AUGUCUGACUCAGAGAAGGGAGAGAUUAAAUUCGUCCUGUAUCACUACACUCCAUCCAUCGCAGCUGCAAUCAUAUUCGUCGUGCUCUUCGGACUUGGUUUCGUCGGUCAUGUCUACUACGUCGCCAAGCUGCGUGCUCGCUACUUCAUCGCCUUCGCCAUCGGUGUGCUCUUUGAGUGCAUAGGAUACGUCGGUCGUGCUCUUUCACAUAGCGACAAGGAAGCUCUCGGACCCUUCAUCAUGCAGAGUCUUCUGAUUCUGGUCGCUCCUGCACUCUACGCUGCUUCGAUCUACAUGGUCCUCGGUCGUGUUAUCCGUCUUCUUGAUGCUGAAGAGUACUCUAUCAUUCGCACCAAAUGGCUUACCAAGGUUUUCGUCAUUGGUGAUGUCUUCUCUUUUCUUGUACAGUCGUCCGGCGCCGGUCAGCAGGCUAGAGGCGAUCUCGACGCAUUCAAUCUCGGAAAGAACCUUGUCAUCGCCGGUCUCAUCAUACAAAUUGUCAUCUUUGGCUUCUUCGUUAUUGUGGCCGGCCUCUUCCACAUUCGCAUCAACAAGCUUCCUACCGGUGCUUCUGUCGACUCGAACCUGAACUGGCGCAAGCACAUGCACAACUUGUACUUCUGCAGCGCUAUUAUCCUGGUCCGUAAUCUCAUUCGUGUGAUCGAGUAUGCUCAAGGAAACGAUGGAUACAUCAUCACUCAUGAAUGGAUGCUGUACAUCUUCGAUGCUGUCUUUAUGCUCUUGGUCACUGCUGCCUUCCUUGUCUUGCACCCCAGCAAACUUCUCGGCAAUGGACGUCUCCCAAGCAGGAGCGAGCCUCAACUCUAUGCCAUGGAAAGUGGUCAAACCCAGGUCAGAUCACAUAGUCAACACUCCAAGCGUAGACACACUCAUACUCAAACGCAUUCUAGUNCGCCCCCUCAGUCAUCGUCGACACCCUUCAGCAAGAUCGACAGAUCCUAG